CGCGAUUUGUCGUCGGUAUUGAUUUCGACCAACAGGAGUGAAUAUUUCUUCCCAAGAAGUCAGGCGUGCGACUAGUAAAGGAUGAACGGCGGGAGGGGAACGCUCCGAAGAGGUCAAGUAUCCUUCAAUGACUGCUGUCUUGGAACUUAAAAGGGCCGCACUCAUUGCUUGUCAAGCCUUGAUCAGGAUAAGCUCUUCAAUUUGUUAACGAAGCAGUACCGACCUUGACAGAGUGAGAGACGCAGACGACAAGAUGGCUUCCAAGCAUCCUACCUCGCACGAAGACACUUCCCCAUCCGAUCCGAUUACCAGCCAAGAGAAAAGUAGUGCGACUGUUCAAGCAAGCGGCAGAGCUGUUGACGAUUUUCGCAAGCCCCCUCUUGAAUCCGACACUCCCGGUGUCAAGAAAGUCGAGCGCUUUAGUCAUGUUCUGUAUCACUCUGGCACGGCUGGGCGUCUGCUGCUCUACGUCCUCGCCGCCUCGAUUGGUCUGACGAUGUUUGGCUAUGCUCUCGAUCAGGGCAUUACAUCGCAGUUCACCGUCAUAGCCGCAUCGUCCUUAGGGCACCACGCCGAAAUCAGCGCCGUCAGCACUGCAGCCUCCAUCAUUCGCGCCAUCUCAAAGCCUUUUAUCGGAAAGCUAUCGGAUAUCACCUCACGUCCAACAUGCUAUUUGAUUGUUCUGAUCUUCUAUGUCAUUGGAUUCGUGGUUGCAGCGACCUGCAAUGACAUCGCUGCUUAUGUUAUUGGCAUAUCGUUCACAGCGUUUGGAAAGUCAGGCUUAGAUCUGCUGGGCGAUACCAUCGUGGCGGAUCUUACGCCUUUGGAAUGGCGCGCUUUUUGGUCUGGGCUGCUAAGCAGUCCAUUUAUUAUCACUGUGUUCAUCAACGGAUUCAUCGCAGACGCCAUGAUUCCAGAUAACUGGCGUUGGGGUCUUGGUAUGUUUGCGAUCAUGAUGCCAGUUCUUCUGAUACCUGCAAUCUUAACACUUUACGGAGUCCAAAGACGCGCAGACAAGCUCGGUGCCAUCAGCUUCGGUGAGGCUGGUAUGGCUCGUAGAGAGGGCAUCAAGGUUCACACCGGCAAGGACUACCUCAACCUUGCCUGGCGCAGUAUCAUCGAAAUCGAUCUUGCUGGUCUCGUUCUCCUCGGCUUUGGUUUUGCCCUUGUCUUGCUUUCUUUCAACCUUGCAAAGACAGCUAAGGGAGGUUGGAGUAACCCCUCCAUGGUAGCUAUGCUCGUCGUUGGCUUCAUAAUUCUGGGCUUGUUUGCAGCUUUCGAAAUCAUGAUUGCACCCAAACCUAUCAUGACCCGUCGCAUCUUCAGAAACAAGGCUUUCAUUUGCGCCUUGAUUGUCGACGUCGCUGGCCAGAUGGCAAGCUCUACACGCGCUACUUACUUCUCAUCGUACAUGUACAUCAUCAAGAACUGGUCGAACUAUGCCUGGAACACGUUUCUCAACAUCACUACACUGGUACUUUGCCUCUUCGGUCCACUCGGCGGCAUUAUCCACCGCAUCUCUCACCGAUACAAAACCCUCAUGGUGCUUGGCGCUGUUCUCAGACUUGUCGGAAAUGGUAUUCUGAUGACAGCUGAUACUCGCAGCACCCAAGAUACAGCUACACUUGUUGUGUCCCAGCUAUUGCUGGGUUGCGGUGCUUUCACUGUCAUCGGUGCUCGAGUUGGUUCCCAGGCUUCAGUGCCACACGAAGACUUGUCUUCAGCCAUCGCAAUCAUCGCGCUGUGGAGUACACUUGCAUCGUCUGUCGGAUCUACCAUCGCUGGAUCUAUAUGGCAAGACAAGAUGCUACCGUACAUGCGCGAAGAGAUGCCCGACGUGCCCGAGAAAACCCUGAAGACCAUCUACGGUAGCAUCAGGAAACUUCGGGCAGAAUACACCUGGGACGAUCCGAUCAGAAAGGGUGCUGUCCGAGCAUAUACUCGCGUCAAUGGUAUACUGUUCUUGGUGGCUGUGGUUCUGAACAUUCUGCCUGUAGUGUUCUCGCUCUGCAUGCCUGAUUACUACCUUGGAAAACAGCAGAAUGCUGUCACAAACAAAGGCGUCGAUGGUCAGCUUGUGCAAGUCGAGCAAAGGGUCCAAUCGACUGACAAGACCGGUACAUGGGUAAAGAUCAAGAAUAUCUAUCGCAAAGAGACGUGAUAUUCGGAGCUCUAAGCUCACGGCAACAUGCAAUUCUUAGCCUCGUAGCCAUGGAGUUGUGGUUUCAGCCUCGUGUCUGAAGGAUUGUAUCGUCAGCCUUGGGCCUGCUUGUUACCUGAUAAUGCUAUAGAGUCAGGUGGUGCAAAGCUUGCUUGAUUAGAGCGUUGGAUAGCGAACCGCAGGAUGACUGUACAGCCGCGUGUCCUGUAGUAUAAAAACUCUUCGAAAAGUCUGUCUGUUGAUGGCGUUAGACGAGGG